AUGGGGAAAAAGGAUGGGUUGGCAGUUGAGCCCGUUGAUGAAGACUCUAAUAUUCCAAUAUCACAGGCACAUCCUGAAGAAAUGGAAAGGAAAGCUCGGGUUGAUGCUGUGUGGCAGCAGAUGAAUAAAGGAAUAUCUAUGAAGACACUUAAAAAUAUUUUAGACAAGCCUAGUUUAGCUGUAAAUAGAACAUCAUCAAAAACUUCUUUGAAGAUGUCUUCAGCUAGUUGGAUGAGUAUUAUGGGCCUGGCACCGAAAAAGACAGCAUACUCUGGGCAGGACAUGCUACAGAAGCAACCCUGUAUUGGACGGAAUGGUACCAGUGAUGAGGCAAAGAAGCUUGCUGCUGCUGCCCUCUCAGCAGUUAAGGAUGCUGCAGCAUGUGUUGCCACUUCAGGCAGGGGGAAAGUUGAGAUCACCGAAGUUCGGGACUUUGCAGGUGAAGAAAUUGAAGUAAAAAAGCUUGUUGAUGCCACUUCACGGGAGGCAACAGAUAAAGCAAAAGCAGCGGUAGGACCUUCUUCUGCUGUUGAUGCUGUGCUUGAACAAAUUAAAAAGAAACAAAAGCUCAGUGUGCUUGACAAGACAAAAAAAGAUUGGGGAGAGUUCAAGGAAGAAAACAAAGGCAUGGAGGAAGAGCUGGAUGCUUACAAGAAGAGUGCAAAUCAAUAUUUAGAUAGAGUUUCUUUCUUGCAGAGGACAGAUUAUCGGGAAUUUGAGCGAGAGAGGGAUGCACGCCUAUUUUCGCAGGCAAAGAGGAAGCCAGAUAUGCGAGAGGAUCCGUGA